AUGCCGCCAUCGGCGAACGAGCCACUGCCUGGCCAGGUCAAGCCGCUGUCGACCUGGCGGCAGCACAGCAACAUACCCACGGGCAGCAGCGCUGUGUGGGUGUACCCCUCGGAGCAGAUGUUUUACAAUGCCAUGAAGCGCAAGGGAUGGACACCCAGCGAGGACGACAUGGCGGCAGUGGUGGCCAUUCACAAUGCAGUCAAUGAGCGUGCUUGGCGAGAGAUCCUUCGUUGGGAGGCGAUCAAGGGGCCGGCAGAGGGGGGGCGGCCGCAGGACUAUUCGCCCAAGGCACGCCUUCUCAACCUGCUAGGAUACAAGCUGCCCUUCGAUCGUCAUGACUGGAUCGUGGACCGGUGUGGCCAGGAAGUCAGAUAUGUUAUUGACUUCUACAACGCUGCGCCGCGACUCGACAUGCCAGUGGCGAUGCAUCUGGACGUGCGGCCCGCGCUCGACUCCUUCGGGUGGGUAACACGCCUUGGCAUGCACUGUGCCCUAUAGGGGCCCCAGCGCGGUGGCAAGGUUCCAAAGCUGACUUUCACACCAUUCGGUGCCGCAACCGCAGGGCGUUGUGGGAGCGACUGCGCAUGCAAUGGGGCUGGGUUGCCAGCGGUCGAUGGACACGGGAGUGAAGCAGUGGGUCUUCUCCAGGAACUCCUUCCAGCUGUGCGUGAAUUCAGGCACAGGGGGUCACUGACACAGCUGCUGUGUCCACACUGGCAAGAUACUGGAUAUCAUGUUGCGUGAGUCUCUGCGAUUACUGUAGACGCUUAUGAGAAUACCACAAUCGCACUGACUGAGGUAUUCUGAAACAUUUCCGUGGCUCUGUCAGGGCUGCCAAGUCGGCCCGUGCCACGGGUCCUGGCCCGUUCUCCGGCUCAAAACCUGCUCGAUCGACGGGUUAGUUGGGCU